GGAACGGAAUCCUCCGGGGAGCCGAGCUGGCUCGCGUGUGCAUCCCGCACCAUCCCCCGGCCCCGGGCCCGGCCCGCGUCAGACAGAGCUGCCGCCGCCGCCACCACAGCAGCAGCAGCACUCGGGAAACCGGGCCCAGCCGGGGCCGCGGGAGGCGGGGGCGCCCGGGCCCUGGAUGUCCCGCAGCGCGGCGGCCAGCGGGGGACCCAGGAGGCCUGAGCAGCAUUUGCCCCCAGCCCCUUGUGGGGCCCUGGGGCCCCCUGAAACCUUCAGGACGGAGGCAGACGGGCCGGGCACCAUGAACAAGCUAAGGCAGAGCCUACGGCGGAGGAAGCCAGCUUAUGUCCCAGAGGCAUCGCGCCCGCACCAGUGGCAGGCAGAUGAAGAUGCGGUGCGCAAGGGCACAUGCAGCUUCCCGGUCAGGUACCUGGGCCAUGUGGAGGUGGAGGAGUCCCGGGGGAUGCACGUGUGUGAAGAUGCUGUGAAGAAGCUGAAGGCGAUGGGCCGGAAGUCUGUGAAAUCUGUCCUGUGGGUGUCAGCUGAUGGGCUCCGAGUGGUGGACGACAAGACCAAGGACCUGCUGGUAGACCAGACCAUCGAGAAGGUUUCCUUCUGUGCUCCUGACCGCAACCUAGACAAGGCCUUCUCCUACAUCUGCCGGGAUGGCACCACCCGACGUUGGAUCUGCCACUGUUUCCUGGCACUCAAAGACUCUGGGGAGAGGCUGAGCCACGCGGUGGGCUGCGCGUUCGCCGCCUGCCUGGAGCGGAAGCAGCGGCGGGAGAAGGAGUGCGGAGUCACCGCCGCCUUCGAUGCCAGCCGCACCAGCUUCGCCCGCGAGGGCUCCUUCCGCCUGUCCGGGGGCGGCCGGCCCACCGAGCGCGAGGCUGCAGAGAAGAAAAAAGCAGAGGCAGCAGCUGCCCCCACUGUGGCUCCUGGUCCUGCUCAGCCUGGGCAUGUGUCCCCGACACCAGCCACCACAUCCCCUGGCGAGAAGGGGGAGGCAGGCACUCCAGUGGCUGCAGGAACCACUGCUGCUGCCAUCCCCCGGCGCCACGCCCCUCUGGAGCAGCUGGUUCGCCAGGGUUCCUUUCGUGGCUUCCCAGCGCUCAGCCAGAAGAACUCACCAUUCAAACGGCAGCUGAGCCUCCGGCUGAAUGAACUGCCAUCUACACUGCAGCGCCGUACUGACUUCCAGGUGAAGGGCACAGUACCUGAGAUGGAGCCUCCAGGUGCCAAUGACAGUGACAGCAUCAAUGCUUUGUGCACACAGAUCAGCUCAUCUUUUGCCAGUGCUGGAGCACCAGCAUCAGGGCCACCACCUGCCACAACAGGGACUUCUGCCUGGGGUGAGCCCUCUGUGCCCCCUGCAGCUGCCUUCCAGCCUGGACAUAAACGGACACCUUCAGAGGCUGAGCGAUGGCUAGAAGAGGUGUCUCAAGUGGCCAAGGCACAGCAGCAGCAGCAGCAGCAGCAACAGCAGCAGCAGCAGCAGCAAGCAGCCUCUAUGCCCCCAGUGCCCACCAUGCCCCCUUCCCUACAGCCCUUCCCCGCCCCUGUGGGGCCCUUUGAUGCUGCACCUGCCCAGGUGGCUGUGUUCCUGCCACCCCCACACAUGCAGCCCCCAUUUGUGCCCACCUACCCAGGCCUAGGCUACCCACCCAUGCCUCGGGUGCCUGUGGUGGGCAUCACCCCCUCGCAGAUGGUAGCCAAUGCCUUCUGCUCAGCUGCCCAGCUCCAGCCCCAGCCUGCCACCCUGCUUGGGAAAGCUGGGGCUUUCCCACCCCCUGCUGCACCCAGUGCCCCUGGGGGCCAGGCCCGUCCACGCCCUAAUGGGGCCCCCUGGCCCCCAGAGCCAGCACCUGCCCCAGCCCCUGAGUUGGACCCCUUUGAGGCUCAGUGGGCAGCAUUAGAAGGCAAACCUGCUGUGGAGAAGCCUUCCAAUCCCUUCUCUACUGACCUGCAGAAGACCUUCGAGAUUGAACUGUAGCCCAAGCUGCCCUGCCCACCCUGUCCUCCCCAGGUGUACCACACCUGGGAGUGGAGGUACAACCUCUCCCCUAUCCUCCCUGGGGCUGUGCCCCUCAGUACCCCCUCUAAGACCUUCUCUUCACCACCCCUCACAACCACUACAGAACCAAUAUUGUGAUGCCCACGUUGCAACAGGAUGGAAUUCAGGGAUGGACCCAGCCUGACUAAAGGAGCCAUUUCACUGCCGGAAUUAGGCUGGCAGUGCUCCUUCCCCAGCCCCAGACAGAGAUGGCCGCAGUCCCACAGAAUGCCCAGUUCAAACUACAUUUCCCAGUUUCUGUUGACCUUCCACCUUCCAGUGUUGGGCAGGAUGGAGGAGGGAUGCUCAUUUAGGGGCUCUCCUGGACCCACCCCAAGUCUGGUUGUCUCCUUCCCCGCCACACAGCACAAGCUAAGGGCUCCCCUCUGCCCACACUGCGUUCACUGCCAAUGCUGUGCUCACCCCACUGCCUCCCCUGAUCAUUCGGGCCCUCAUCAUUUGGAGGCUGAGGUCUCAUGGGGCAGGGGCCAAGUUGGGGGCCCAGGAGGCAAGGGAGGGGGGAAGAAGAUGCUCAGUUACCUCAUGUCGGUGCCCGCUGGGGAGGGGUCCCGGAACAAGGGGAAGAGGUACCUGGCGGGUACUUUUCUAUCUUUUAUUUCCAGAUUUUUUUUGUAUCUAAACUUGCAGAUUUGUAUUAUACAAGGACAGCCAAUAAAGGAAGAAUAUAACAGUG